GAAUCAAUAACUCUGUUCACUAGGUGGUGGAUUACCAUGAUGGAGCAUGCCACGAUGGUGACGUGUGAUAAUUUCUGAGAACAUCUCGCCACCGAAUUCAGCCCCAUCCAUCCAUUACUCGGAGUGGAGAUGAAGGUGGUGGACGCGUACUUCAGGUUAAAGCGAACUGAAUGUGUAGAUGCUUACUUUUUAUGUGCAGUGGAGUAGUUUAGAAUAGGGAAUUCAUCAUCCAUCGCCAACCUGAGACACGCACAGGGCCAUCAUCCAUCAUCUAUAAGCUCCCCUCCCCCCUCCUCACUGACUCUUCUUCGUAUGACCCAUGACAACUUGGUUCCCACCGAGACAGUUGGGGUAUUAGGUUCCAUGGACCGUCGCGUCUAAUUGGCACGGCGUAGAAGAGAGGGGGAAAAGUUGCCACACCGACAACGACCGGCACCGACGUCGGGGCUCCAAAGGUGACCGACCCCCUUCCCAAUUCUCUCUCUAUGGUUCUCAAACUGAGCUAGUCUGCACUUUCUCAUCUCCGAAAGCCAAGCGUGUUGCAGUAACUAAGUUCCUCUCCUGUUACCGUCCCCAUCACGACUUGCAAAUUCUGGCCCUGUCGCAACAACGCCUCUCGAGUUCCGUGUAUUCUUGAACCGCGGCCACGUGAAUGAUGCUUUUAGUAUUAGUAAUUGCGCGUGACUAUGCAUGAAAGAUGGGUUCUCGUUUGUAUCAUGUUGUCUUCAUGUAAAAUUUGCCAUAACCAUGUAGCCAUUUACUGGCACAAGGAUCGGUUUCUCUAUCGCCACCGCCAACGCCGGCAGGUUGGUGAGACGAAUAAAGACCUUGAGCGUUGGGUUUGGCGUUUUCUAGCAAGCAGAUCGGUUUCUCUACCGCCGCUUCCAAUCAAAACAGAGCAUGUAGCUGAGAUGAAUAAGCAGUAGGAGUUUUUUUUUGUUCUUCUUCGUUGACCUAUAGCAGUUUUGGAAUCUACACAGCCUACAUGUGUAAUGUGCCGACUCGCCAGAGAGCCAUACGCACCACCGUAGGCAUUUGCCUAUGCAUCGACGGCGACUUCGAGUUAGACUUAUAUAUAGAGUUAAAACAUUUUGAGACCGAGCUUACACCGAUACAAUUAACAGUAAGUCACAACAACGACGCCGCAGCAAAGGGUGCCGCCUUUUCUCGCUCGCUUGCUUCCUCGUUGUUGCUUGAUAAAGCUUUAGCGCUUUCAUUGCUCCUCGACUGGCACCGAUUCCUUUACACAGAAAGGGAGGAGGAGAGAGUGGUGAAGCGGCCAGCCCAGGGGAGUCCGGAAGAUAUGAAUCAGACGCCGAAAAAGCCCGGAGAGGUUUUCUGGCCCAAGAUAGUUCUCAAGAAAUGGCUCAACAUCAGAGCCAACGACUCCGAGUUCAGCGCCGACGAGGGCGGCAACGAAAGCGAUCUUGAAGAGGAUGAAGAGAACUGUGGUUGCGAGGGGAACGAGGAGAGGAGAGCCAGAGGGCUUCAGGCCAAGACAAACGAUGACAACCUAGAGAGCUUCCCAUACAAGCUGAGGAGGAGGAAUUCAGAGACCCUCCGGUCACAGUAUAUAAACACCAAGGAACUCAGGGUCUGCGUCGGGACUUGGAAUGUCGGAGGACAACAUCCACCAGAGGAUCUAGACAUAGCAGAGUGGCUGGACACGGAGGAGCCUGCUGAUAUCUAUGCACUUGGUAUCCAGGAGAUCGUUCCCUUGAAUGCAGGUAAUAUCUUUGGUGCUGAGGACAGCGGGCCGGUUGCAAAAUGGGAACAUCUCAUUCGUAAGACACUAAAUAGGAUUCAACCCAUAAAGCCAAAGUAUAAAUGUUACAGCGAUCCUCCCUCUCCGUCCAGGUUCAAACCAUCAGAAGAUGUUCACUUCACCGUCGAUGAACUACUCUCUGAGACUAAUAGUGACACCGACGAUGACGAUGAAAUUUCCACAAGUUCAGUUGAUUCAAAAGGUCCCGUGGCUUCUUAUCUUGAUCAUGGUGAAUCAAACAUACCACAGGAUCUCGAUCAUGAUAUGCCACCCGCCUUAAAGAGACUUCAAAGGUUGAAUCAUUUUACUUCAUUUGAUUACGAUGUGAACUCAGCAGCCACAACAAUUCAGGAAAAGAAGCUACUGAGGACCCUCAGCACUUCAGAGAGGAUCGGGUUGAUUUGGCCAGAACAGCCACUAGACUUGUUAGCCAAGCAUGCUUUAAGUAAUUCAACUUCCUUUAGGUCAAUUAGGUCUUUCAGAACUUACAAUUCAUUCAAGCCUGUGCACAGUAAGCUCAAGGAUUCAUCGGAGGUUGGCCUGAAUGUUAUUGGCUUCAAAAAGAAAAGGCUGGCUUUUGUGAGGAUAAUAAGUAAACAAAUGGUUGGAAUUUACCUUUCAAUAUGGGUUCGCCGCAGUGUGAGAAACCACAUCCAAAACUUGAAGGUAUCUACCGUCGGUGUGGGUGUCAUGGGUUAUAUCGGCAACAAAGGUUCGAUAUCGGUCAGCAUGUCCAUAUAUCAGACCCCAUUUUGCUUCGUGUGUAGCCACCUAUCUUCGGGCGAAAAAAGCGGGGAUGAACUUCGAAGAAAUUCAGAUGUGCAAGAAAUUCAUCGCAGAACCCAGUUUAGUACGGUUGCCGGCGGUGCAGGAUUGCCGAAAACAAUCCAUGAUCAUGAAAGAAUUUUCUGGCUUGGCGAUCUAAACUAUCGCAUAGAUUUGUCACCGGAAAAGACACAUGAACUCAUCGCCGGCAGAAAUUGGACUCUGCUGGCAGAGAGAGACCAGCUAAAACGGGAGCUCAAGAAAGGACGUGCCUUUGAUGGUUGGUCAGAGGGUGUCAUGAACUUUCCUCCCACCUACAAGUAUGCGUUCAACUCGACAAACUAUGUGGGAGAUGACCAGAAGGGGGGGAGGAGAAAUCCCGCGUGGUGCGAUCGCAUCCUGUCGUUUGGAAAGGGUGUGAGGCUUCUGGACUACAAAAGAGCUGAGCUGAAGCUUUCCGAUCAUCGUCCUGUCACCGCCGUUUUCAUGGCCGAGGUCGAGGUAUUCUGUCAUAGAAAACUUCAGAAGGCGUUAACCUUGACAGACGCGGAGGUGGAAGAUGGAGGGACCAUGCCGGAUGUGGACUUCACCCUGGAGAUGGGCCUCGGAGAUGAUAUCUCCGGAUGGCUGCGGUAGACCGGCGAGUUUCAGCGACGUGCGGCUUCUUUGGCUCUCGGCCGUCGUCGACCCCUACGGUGCGCGUGCGCGCGCUGUUAUAAAUAGAUAUAUGUGGUAUCUGUCGUAUGGUGUGUGAUGUAACUCCUUACCGAAGUUAAAUGAUUUUUCUUUUUCUUCUCCUUGUUGUUGGUCGAACGAGGGAUUGUUGUUAGGUUUGUGAUGCGACUUUGAUGUUCUACAUGAAUGAGAUCGGGUUGGUUAUAGA